AUGCUGCUGCUUGCAUUUUUUUGGGUUAGGCAGAAAUGGUUGGGUCACUUUGUGGAUUCAGAUGGGGCGUCAGGUGGUCUGGGUAUUCUGUGGAAUCCUUUGGUUGUUCAUGUGGAAGUUGUUUCAAGAUCUAAGUAUUGGCAGAUGGUUAAGGUGAUUUCGAAGACUAUGAAUUUCUCAUGUUUUCUUGUUAAUGUCUAUGGGCCGACUUUGGCUGUAGAUAAGUGUAAAUUAUGGGAGGAUGUCUCCAGGCGUCUAGAGGAAGUGAGGUCAUUUUUAGCCAUUGUUGCUGGAGAUUUCAAUGCCACCCUCUCUUCCUCUGAGAAGCAUGGAGGGGUGAGGAGGUUGAGUCGGUCACAAUUGGACUUCCAAUCCUUUGUUAACGAGAAUGCUCUGUUUGAAGUGGUAGCUAAAGGAGGGGAUUUCACUUGGACUGAUAGGCGUAGAGGUUUUUCCAAUAUUGCUGAGAAAUUGGAUAGAUUCUUCCUCGUAGGGGAUUGGAAUGUUUCCCCUGUAGUUUUUGAGGCUGAGGUUCUAGCCAUCUCAGGGUCAGACCAUUUUUUGGUCUCCUUGGUUGUGCAGAAUGAUGUUGUUCCAAUCCGAUGUCCCUUCAAGGUGGAAAAGAUGUGGUUUAGGGAACCGAGUUUUAAAGAGCUUGUAGUGGGGUGGUGGAAGGAGGCCCCAGUGGUGGAAGGGUUCUUGGCCUAUCAGUCUUUCAAAAAGCUUAGUUAUGUGAAGCAGAAAUUAAAAUCGUGGAAUAGGGAGGUGUUUGGUAAUAUUUUUGAUGAAAAGAGAAGGCUCGUAGGAGAUUUGGGGGCCUUGAAUGCAAAAGUCAUGGUAGAAGGAAUGGAUGAAGUGGACUUCCUUACAGAGAAAGAUCUUCUUAGUAAGUAUGGAGAAGAUGUGCUUGGUGAGGAUUUGCUUGCAGUGGUUGAAGAGUCUAGGUCCAGAGGCUUUGUUUUGAAGGAAUUCAACUGCACGUUAGUGGCGCUUAUUCCUAAAAAGGCCAAGCCGACUGGGAUGGAGGAGUUUCAUCCUAUUUCAUUGUGCAACACCAUCUACAAAAUCAUUACAAAAGUUGCUGCUAACAGACUUAAGUUAAUUCUUGAUAAGUUGAUCUCCUGUGAACAAAGUGGUUUUAACCCUGGAAGGAAUAUUGUGGAUGGGGUGAUUGUGGCCCAUGAAGCUAUUCAUACGGCUAUGAAGGGUAGACAAAGGAGAAUGAUUUUAAAUCUUGAUAUUCAAAAAGCCUAUGAUAGGGUGGAUAGGUCUUUCCUUGUGGCUGUGUUGGAAAGAUUUGGUUUUGGUAAGUCCUGGAUUAAGUGGAUUUCCAGUAUGAUUAUGCAGUUCUCAGCUUCGUCAAUUGCUUUUAAGAGAGAUCAAGGGUUGUGGAAGGGUAUUGAGAUUGCCCAAGGGGUUGGCUCCACAACUCAUUCUCAAUUUACGGAUGACACCUGUCUGUUCAGUGUUGCUUCUAUGCGUGAGGCUUCAGUUAUGAAGAAAUUUUUGGACAGAUUCACAUGGGCUAUUGGUCAGGAGAUAAACUGGCUCAAAUCAGAGCUUUUUUUCUUUCAUACGGAAGGUUGGUCCCAGAGAGCUAUUGCUAGAGUGUUCGGGAUUAAGAUUGGUCAACUUCUUGGUAAGUUCCUUGGCAUGCCGCUCUUUGCUGGAGUAGGAAAGUUGGACAUGUGGAAAGGGUUGCUUGAUGGUUGGAAAGCUAAGAUGGAGGGUUGGAAGAGUAAGUAG